GAGAGGGAGAGCCGACUCAACAUUACCCACAGAACCACUGCAGUGCCGACAGUCGUCUUUUCCGUGAGAGAGAUCUGCAGUUAGCUAGCUGUCGAAUAACUGUCUUGGGUCCCCCUAGCCUACGUCGUGAAACGGAGAGGAGAGGGUAGACAAUACAUUGCUACUGUGGGGAUACACACACACACAUGCACGCAGAAGACAGCCUAGCAGUGAUUUAAUUAUUUAUAUUGGAGGAAUAAUAGCCUAUUUCAUACUUUAUUGCUCUCUGUUGGAUGUGAUUUCGAACGAGCACCUGAAAAGAAAAUGUCGUCCCCUGCCUCUGAUGUUCCUGCCCCAGGAGGUGCCCCAGGGGCACCGGAGGGAGAAGGGGGUCCCCCCAACCUCACAAGCAACCGCAGGUUACAGCAGACCCAGGCCCAAGUUGACGAGGUGGUGGACCUCAUGCGCGUGAACGUGGACAAGGUGCUGGACAGGGACACGAAGCUGUCGGAGCUGGACGACCGGGCCGACGCCCUGCAAGCCGGAGCCUCCCAGUUCGAGAGCAGUGCUGCCAAGCUCAAGAACAAGUACUGGUGGAAAAACUGCAAGAUGAUGAUAAUGAUGGCGAUUAUAGGUAUCAUCUUGGUUGGAAUCAUUUUCUUGUAUUUCUUCUAUUGAGCUGGCCUCUUCAUGGAAGAAUGCAGAAGACAAUGAGAGUGAAGAACAUAUGUAAUCCCUUAUCCCUGUCUCAUCAGCAUCAAACGGAUACUUGAAGGUUCAGAUGAAUAAUAGAGAAAUAGUUGGAACAGGCAUUUGGUUGGAGGCUUGCUUCUUGUGUAUCUUAAGCCAAAAUGAAUCAGAAGUUUUUAAAUACCUAAAUUUGUAAAAUACCUAAAAAUGAAAGUUGAAAUCCUUCCAAAAUCAACUUUUUACAAUAAUGGCCACUGCUACUGUUUGAAAUCAUGGUGAAUAUGUUGAAAACAUUUUUUGGUAUGCUUUCUUGUGAAACAAGUCAGUUUAUUUAUUUAUUUAUUUAUUUAUUGUUUGAGAGAGAGUUCAUGCCAUUCAUUUUUUCUCUGCAUCAUGGCCUGGAAUACUUCCUCACAACAAAUCUGAGAAAGUAAAUGAUAGGCCAGAGAAAGGGUACACACCAAGGACACUAAUUCUGAGUGCUCUCUGUGGGUGUCACUCAGAAAGCAAGACAGAUUGAUAUAUAAAAAGUAAAAGGGAAACUGUUCUUCACAAAUUUGAGCCUUGUCCAUUGUGGACAUGGGCUUUGAGUGUCAUACAGUCUUACUUACAUACAGUACAUACAAUACAAUACACAUCAUCUUGUGUUGCCAUAUUGUGGUAUACUUUACAGAUUUUCUUAAUUUGCACUUUGGGAACUGGGGUUCAGAAAAUGAGCAAUUACUAAAAAUCCAGAUCAAUCAGAGAUAUUUGCAGUAUUUUCUUUGUAUUGGUAUAGUAAAACAAUCUGUCUAGAAUACAUACAUACUUAGGUCUGCAUAUAUUUAUAUAAUUGAAUACAUUAAAAAGAGGGACACAAUGCAUUGGAAGGUACCAACUAAGUGACUAAUGCAAAUACUGAAUAUCAUCAGAAUUGAUAUCAUCUUAAUUUAUAUUGUGUUCACAGAUUCAGCUGUUGCUGAAUGCAUUGAAAUGCUCUGAUGGUCAUAUACCAAUUGACAGCCAAUGUGCAAUGACUACUAAGUAUUCCUAGCUCAUUAGUUCCCUGUGUAUUUAUUCUGAGGAUUUGCUGUACUGGGUUCCCAUGAUGCACCUGUGAAGUGGAAAGUGUGCCUUAAGAAGCAGUGGCCUAUGACAUGACAGACUAGUAGAGCAGUCUUUAUGGAGCUCACCAUGCCAUUAAAUCUCUUUUGUGCAGUGCAUGCUGGUACAGGUCAAUGUCACGCAUGGCAAAUGCAGGUAUCUUUAUCUCACACCCUAUUACCUCUAACUUUAGGAAUCGACUCCUUAAUGUAAUCUUUUCACCUGACCACUGCUUUAGGAACACUGUAUUUGUCAAAGUUACAGAAAUAACCAAUUCCUGUGCAAUAUUAAAUGUACUUAAUGUGGCUCAAAUUUGCUCAUAAAAUUUAUUUUCUUACCGGCUGUAAAAAAAGGAACUGUGAUCAAGUAUUUCAACUUUUGCUGAAUGUAAGCAGUUUCUAGUGUUUUUCCCUUUUUUGUUUCAUGGUGGAAAUUGAAAGGUUUCUGUUAAAGGAACUGUGAAAUGUUGUAACAAAUAUUUAUAUAUUAAUAGAUAUAUUAAUAGAAUCAAACUAAAGUUUAUGAGUCAUGAAUUGUAAUUAUGAUACAAUACUGUGGGACCUGUUGCUAAAUUGUGUAUUUUGUUGAUUUAAAAGCAUGUCAAUCUGCAGACUAUUUUUGCUGAUGCUAAUACAGAUAACAUAUGUUGUG